CCUAGUGGGAGUCUGAUUCUGCAAAAGAAGUUUUUAUUCUGUGACUUUUGUAAGAAGUUGAUCAACUAAAGCAAAAUGGGCAAGGAUUUCGAUGCUAUUGGAUUCGUCAAGGACUUCGCUGCCGGAGGCAUCUCCGCAGCUGUCUCAAAGACUGCCGUCGCCCCCAUCGAGCGUGUGAAGCUGCUUCUGCAGGUUCAGCACAUCUCGAAACAAAUCAGCCCCGAUAAGCAAUACAAGGGUAUGGUUGAUUGCUUUAUCCGCAUUCCAAAGGAACAGGGUUUUAGCUCGUUCUGGCGUGGUAACUUGGCCAAUGUCAUCAGAUACUUCCCAACCCAGGCCCUGAACUUUGCCUUCAAGGACAAGUACAAGCAGGUCUUCCUGGGUGGUGUUGACAAGAACACCCAGUUCUGGCGUUACUUCAUGGGUAACUUGGCCUCCGGCGGUGCUGCUGGUGCCACCUCUCUGUGCUUCGUCUACCCCUUGGACUUUGCCCGUACUCGCUUGGCUGCUGACACUGGCAAGGGUGGCCAGCGUGAAUUCACCGGUCUGGGCAACUGCUUGACCAAGAUCUUCAAGAGUGACGGCCUCGUUGGCUUGUACCGCGGCUUCGGUGUGUCCGUGCAGGGUAUCAUCAUCUACCGUGCUGCCUACUUCGGCUUCUACGAUACCGCUCGCGGUAUGUUGCCCGACCCCAAGAACACCCCCAUCUACAUCAGCUGGGCCAUCGCUCAGGCUGUGACAACCGUCGCUGGUAUUGUGUCCUAUCCAUUCGAUACCGUGCGUCGUCGCAUGAUGAUGCAGUCUGGUCGCAAGGCCACCGAGAUCAUCUACAAGAACACACUGCACUGCUGGGCCACCAUUGCCAAGCAAGAAGGCAGUGGCGCCUUCUUCAAGGGCGCCUUCUCCAACGUUCUCAGAGGCACUGGCGGUGCUUUCGUGCUUGUGUUGUACGAUGAGAUCAAGAAGGUCUUGUAAAUUAAAUUAUUAAAUUAUUCAACCAACAAAAUACAACAAACAACAACAUACAAACAAAACAACAACAACAAACAAAACACUACCAGCUAAUUAUAUUAGAUAAAGUGAACAGAGAAGAGAACAGAGUUUGAUCUGCUAAACAACACCUAUCCAGAACAACGGCAAGCAAUAACCCUUUUCCUUCCUGACCCUCGCCACCCCCGUACCCCCAAAAUAUAAUUACGAAAUUAUAUGAUAUAGAAUAA